CCCGCGCUUUUUUGCGCCCCCCUUCCCUUUCAGCCUCGGGCGCGGGGCCGGCUCGGCAGACCUGCUGACUGGGGAGCGGUAUGGCAGCGACGCUGGGCAGCGGGGAGCGCUGGACGGAAGCUUACAUUGAUGCAGUUAGAAGAAACAAAUACCCAGAAGACAGACCUCCUGAAAGUCAUGACCCCUGUGGUUGCUGUAACUGCAGGAAGGCACAAAAGGAAAAGAAGUCUGAGCAUGAGUGGAAUCAGACCCGACAGGGUGAGGGGAAUGCCACUUAUACUGAGGAACAGCUGCUUGGAGUACAAAGGAUCAAGAAAUGCAGAAAUUACUAUGAAAUUCUGGGGGUUUCACGAAAUGCUAGUGAUGAAGAGCUUAAGAAAGCUUACCGAAAACUCGCCCUGAAAUUUCAUCCUGACAAGAACUGUGCUCCUGGAGCAACAGAUGCUUUCAAAGCAAUAGGAAAUGCCUUUGCAGUCCUGAGCAAUCCUGACAAGAGACUCCGCUAUGAUGAAUAUGGAGAUGAACAGGUGACUUUCACUACCCCUCGAGCCAGACCUUAUAAUUAUUACAGGGACUUUGAAGCCGACAUCACUCCAGAAGAGCUGUUCAAUGUCUUCUUUGGAGGACAUUUUCCUACAGGAAACAUUCAUAUGUUUUCAAACGUGACAGAUGACCCCCACUAUUACCGCCGGCGGCACCGACAUGAGAGGAUGCAGACACGGAAGGAAGAGGAAGAAGAUAAGCCUCAGACUACAUAUUCUGCAUUUAUUCAGUUACUUCCAGUUCUGGUGAUUGUGAUUAUAUCUGUGAUUACUCAGCUGCUAGCUGCUAAUCCCCCAUAUAGUCUAUUCUAUAAAUCGACCUUGGGCUACACCAUUUCUAGAGAAACCCAGAACCUACAGGUGCCUUACUUUGUGGAUAAAAACUUUGACAAGGCCUACAGAGGAGCAUCUCUGCGUGACCUGGAGAAGACGAUAGAAAAAGAUUACAUUGAUUACAUCCAGACAAGUUGUUGGAAGGAGAAACAACAAAAGUCGGAGUUGACCAAUUUGGCAGGAUUAUACAGAGAUGAACGAUUGAAACAGAAGGCAGAGUCUCUGAAACUUGAAAACUGUGAAAAACUUUCCAAACUGAUUGGCCUACGCAGAGGUGGCUGAGAGGAUGGUAGUCCUAUGCAGGCUCGGGGUUUUGCUACGUGUUACUGUUUAUGUUCCUAAUGCCAUCGUAUAAUACAAAAUUAGGAAAUGAUGAACAUU